AGCUGUUUCCCCCAAAAUCCCAUCCAUGCGUUGAUGUAACAGUAACCGGCUGAGAAAAUUUCGCAUUUAAUGUUAAAUAAAUAAUUAAAUUAAAUCAACGACCGUGCCAUGCAAAUUCGUCGUCCUCGAGGUGUUACAGUUCCGCAGUUGAUGGUGGUAACGGCUCUUGGGGUCCUGGGAGGAGUCUACAUUUGGCAGCCACUAAUUCUAAAGUACAAAAACGAUAAGAAAACAGAAGGUGGUGAUCCUGCAGGAACAGAAGCUACACCUCCGACAAAAUGAGUUUCAUUAAUGGAUUCAGGAAGUUUGCAUCGACGACUGUCGGUCUGAUGGCCAUUGGCCUUGGAUCCACUGCCCUAAUCUACGGAGUAAAUCGCAUAUUUAUACAGCCCCAUCAAAACCAGAAACGCCGGCUGCAAGCCGAAGCCUGUGCAGAGUACUUGUUUCAUCAGGAGUUGCAGCAUCAAUCCGCCAAAUCGAACUCUACUCGAAGCGAACAAUGAGAUGAGAUGGAAUUAACGUGAUUUUACAAAAAUCUUUUUUUUAUAUAUCUAGCAUAGCAUAUAGUAGUGUUUAGCAACCAAAUUUCAAAGCAGUAACCAUGGUGGAACGAUGGAAUUUUACUUUCAUAAGUCCAUGUUUGCAUAAGCAGAGGAGAGGACCAAUAUUAAUUUCGAGAACUUGGCAUAUUUUCUUAUUUUCAUCAUACUGUAAAACGAUUAGGUUAAUAUCCAAUGAAAUUUUUAUGAAAGAAAUAUGAAUUGAUUAAAUAAAUUGAAUAGCACGAUUGGUUGAAAUAUAAA